GGGGAGGCCAGUUUCGCCUUCAACAUCCUGAGCAUCACGAGUGCCUCAGUGCCAUUUGCUGCUGCCAUUGCAUCUUUGCUCCUUGGUCCAUUCUGCUACUUCUCACUG